UAUAAACCAAUCAAAAUGUGAUGUUUGACCCGGAAGUACUUCUCCACAUGACACGUCGUACCAAAAUAUGAACCAGAGUGUUGUACCGAUAGAUAAUGAGGACCACGAGAUAACAGAAAGUAAACAGGAAGAACACGUGGAACCCAUGGCAUCCAACAGAAACAAAUUGAUAUUUUGUGCUCUUGGAACAUUUGUCUGCUACUUUUACUACGGCAUUUUGCAGGAAUCAAUCACAAAAGGAAAAUAUGGUGAAGGAGAAAAGAAUGAAAAGUUUACAUACACCUUGGCUUUGGUUUUUGUACAGUGUGUAAUAAAUGCCAUUGCAGCAAAAUUCAUAUUAUCAACAUGGCACAAAGAAGAAGACCAGACACCCGUAAAAAUGAAUCUGUUUUGUUCCCUGUCCUACUUGGGAGCUAUGUUGGCCAGUAACCAGGCUCUUCAACAUGUCAGUUAUCCAACACAGGUACUUGGAAAAUCAGCUAAACCUAUACCAGUGUUAAUACUUGGUAUUUUGCUGGCCAGGAAGAGGUAUCCAGCACUGAAAUUUCUAUAUGUACUUCUCAUAGUUAUUGGUGUAGCAAUGUUUUUAUAUAAAGAUCAGAAUGCAUCUGGGAAGCCAUCUGUUUUAUUUGGAAUUGGAGAAAUGCUUUUACUUCUCUCUUUGACAUUAGAUGGAGUUACAGGAGCUCUACAAGAAAAUAUGAGGUCCAAACAUAAAACAGGUCCAUACACUAUGAUGUUUCAAAUUAAUUUGUGGUCAGUGGCAUGGCUGUGUGUAGGUUUGAUAUUUACAGGAGAAGGCUUGUCAUUUUUAGGUUUUGUUGAAAGACAUCCUGGAGUUAUUGUUAAAAUGUUAACUUUUAGUUGUGCCAGUGCUUUAGGCCAGAUGUUCAUUUUCAUGACUGUGACAUCAUUUGGACCAUUAACAUGUUCCAUCAUAACUACAACACGUAAAUUCUUUACAAUUCUUGCAUCAGUUAUUUUUUUCCAAAACCCAAUGAACAAUAGACAGUGGCUUGGAACUGCUAUGGUGUUCACAGGACUUGGUUUAGACAGUGCCUAUGGAAAAGAGAUUAAGGAAAAGAAAGAUAAAAGAUAAUGAUUGUUAAUGCAUAGAUUUUUAUUUGUAUGUUAUGUUUGCUGAUGGUUAGGAUUUCUGUUAAAUGUUUGCUUGUGUAUUUUAUUCAUUUGAUGGGAUUCUGCAGUUUUUAGAGGAUAAGAAUAGAAACUGACCUUUGUAAGUCCACCAGGAAUUAUUUUUAUAUACAUUUAAUAACAAAUGUGAUACAUGUACAACUGUAUAUGAAUGUAAAGUACAUGUAUAUAAAGUAAAUUGUGAAAACAUUUAUAUUUCUAAUGCAGAAAUUUUGACAGCUUUCAUCCGAGAGGGACAUUACAAAAAAUAUGGAUAAAGGGCAACUUAAUAAAAAUGCCCAACUUUGUACACAAAUUAUGGCUGCUUUGGUAGAAAUUAAUGAUAAAAUAUAAAACAUUUUCUGGAUAUGAAUAAAAAUAUUUGUGUAUCCAAUUUAAAUCUUCUCAUCCUUAUGGGUUUCUGUAAUAGGAUUAAUGAUAAUCUUUUUUUGUGUUCUUGUGAAAUGAGUUUUUUUAUAUAUCUCAAAUCAACAGUUUUUAUGACAAGCUGGUUUGCAGCGCUAUGUAAGAAUAUUGGGACCAAUAUUGAAGAAAUGGCAUUAAAUGAACAAAUCAAGCACACCAGAACUCAGAAAUCUUUACCUUGUGAAAUAUUUGACAAGAGGGAUAAAUAAGGUUUUCAAAAUAGAGAAUAUUGGUCUAGAAAAUGAAUGAAUACAGAAAUAAGGACUCUAGUACAGACCCUCAUGAAAUAAAGACCAGGAAUUAAGUGCUAAAGUGAAAUAUUAUGACCUCAAAACCCUAUAGUUCUGAAGAAUAUGUUGACUUUUUAAUGUCAUUUUGCUUUUCUGCAUUGUUGGGUGGCUGUCUCAUUGAUGUAUACAUCUUUUCAUAUUUCUGUUAUUUUCUGAAAUAUUUUGAUUGAAAAACAAGACUGUUUUGUUAUUGGGUUGACAUUUAACAUCAAAGAUAUACAAAAUCAAAAUAUCAUGACUACAUUAUAUUCAUUAUUGAUAAAAAAAAAAGUAUCUUUUUAAUUGUUUAUUAAAUAUUUAAAUUUGCCUCAAUUUUGCCAAAACAAUGGUGCAAGUAUGCAGAUAACUUUCAGUUUGUCAUAUUUUUUAUUGCAUUAUACAUUUUUUGCAAUUGAUAAUCAUUAUAUUUGGUGAAUUUUUACAGUACACUAUUUGAUUCACUAUCUUUUUCAUGAUGUGACCCUUAAAAAGCAAGUAUAUUUAAUACUCUGGCUUAUGUUUUAGCCAAUGAAAUUGUACAGAUUUAAUAAAAUCUGAUUUAACAUGUAAAAAUACAGUUUGAAUAAUUACUUCAUUGAAAGAUAAAUUAUAUAUUUUUUUCAUAUUUUGUAAAAUUUGCAAAAAAUAUCAGUGUCCAUGGCUUAUUCUUGCACAUAAUAGCUUGCUUACUGUUAAAGGUAUUUGUUAAUUUUUAAUUAUUUAAAUUUCUGUGAAAGCAUUGUGAUAUUUGUUCUUUUAAUAUAUUGGAACAUUAAACACAAAAUUCUCCAAGUUCCUCUGAUGUUCUAUUGUACAAGUAAGAGAUUGCAUUUUGUCUGUGUAAGUGUCAAUGAUACAUGAAUAAAAAAGAAAACCAACCAUACAUCACAUAAAGGAGGAUGAGAAGAAAAGCUAAUAUUGUGUGUACCAAACUAGAUAUGUGACCUUGAUGCUUUACAUUUUUAAGAUUCUUAUAUUUUUGCCACCUCAUCAUUACAAUAUUGACAUUCGAAGACGUCUGAUAUGGAUAAACUUUCAUCUUGUUGUCACAGGUUAAAACCUGCAUUGACCAAUAUGAAAAGGAUACAACUGUUUUAUUGUUGUUAUAUAUUGUUUAAAAGCUAUGUUGUCAAUUAAUGUCACAUGUUUUUGAUUAUUAAAUGCUUGUCCAUGUUUGGAGACCAGUUUUAUAUUAAUUGUUUUUUUAAAUCAUUCCAGUGGAAAAUAUAGACAAUUGUGUGAAAUCAUUGAAAUAUAUUUAUAGCAUUGGAUUUGCAGCUUCAUCAGUUAUUAAAAGAAUCAAAUAAUUAAUUGAUAUAAUAUUGAAAUAUUGUAUCUUAUUUCUUAAUUAACUUUUCUUUUUAAUUGAACAUAAACAUUAAAAUUAUAAGUAUGGAAUUAUGGAUAUUAUAACAAUUUAAAAAAUAACUGCCAGGGAUGAGCAAUAUUUUAAAAAGAAUAGAAUUGAAAUCAGGAACAUUUUGUGAAAGUUUUUGUUACAAUAUCUUGUUUAAGAGAAAUAAAAAUGAACAUUUUUAUUUAAAAUGGAAAAACUGAUUUUUUUUAAUACAACAUAUAAACAAGAGUAAAUAACUGGAUCAAAAGACAAAAUUAUUUUGCAUAAAUCCUGUAAACAUUUAAUGAAAUAUC